AUGGCUCGAAAAGGAGGUCUCAAUCUUGAUACGAUAUUUGGUAAUGUAUAUAACAAUAUAGUUGGAGAACCAAUAACUCCACGAAAAAUUGCAAUUUUCUAUCUGAUCAAGCAGUUAUUUCGAUCUCAUUUUGGCUAUCGAGCUGUUCCAAGUACACGGCAAUUCACAGUUAAUGAUAAGACCAAGUUAGUUCAAACUUCAGAAAAUAGAAAAUAUGUUCAAAAAUUUGCUUUCAGAAUUUUCACAGUGUUAUUUGGCUUGAUAAACGUGCAAAAUGAUAUGAGUUAUGAUGAUUUUCGAAAAAUCGUUCGCUAUUUAGACACCGAAGUUCGUCGUGGAAUCUAUUACACAUUUGUCGUUUGUAUGGAACAUAUUUCAAAAGGAGAUGAACAUAUUGAUCUACGCGUCGAAGAUUCUUUAUAUACAGGAAAACGUGAAUAUCACGAAUUGGCUGUAUAUGAACUUCCACCUGGAAAACCAUUACUUUUUAUGCAUUCCAAAUCAUACACUUAUAUUUGGUUGAAACGAAUAAUGGCUGAAUGGACGAAAAUGACACAAGAUGAGGUUUAUGCGAUGAAUGAAAGAAUGCGUAAUUGGAUUGAUGGAAAACCUGAGAAUUUGUUGAAGUUUCUCACGAAAAAACCAUUGCCACAUUCAAUUGAUUGUUCAACAAGAGCAAGAGAUUGGAUUCAUCAUCGUUUAUAUGAGAUUCAAGUUAGUUUGUGUUUCUAAAAAAUGUUGAGCUCAUUUUAUUUUCAGAUCGCACCAUCUCGAAUUUCAUUAACUCAAGCUAUGAAUUAUUGCAAAAUGAUCGAAGUAACUCACAAAGAUGUUUUCUCAACAUUCCUUCUUCAAGCUGUUAUUUAUGUUCAACAACAAAAUCCAAGAAUGGCUAUUGAAUGUAUCAAAUUAUUUUUUGAUAAAUCAAUGUUGAAGUUCGUUUUUUUUCAUCCGAUUCACCUCCUCAAUAAAUAAAAAAUAUUUGCAGAAUCAAUGAUAAUGUUGUAUCAGCUUCUCAAUCGCAUAAACUUGCUGUUCCUUGUCAAAAACCUCUCCGAUAUGCGCCUCUUUUACAAGGUCGAAUCAAUCGAUUAUUUGGAGACAUGUAAGUCUUAUACAAUUUAUCCUCAAAUCUCCAUAAAACUGUUUGCAGGGGAACCGCUCGAACAUUAUUUUCGGAAUCAAUUCAACAAGCACAAUUAGCAUUGGAUGAAACAUGCAACAGAAUGGCGAAUAUCGAAUUGACUGCAAUUGAAAUAAUUAAAUCGGGACCAUUGUUGGAAGUUACAUAUCAGAAUGGUAGGUUUUUGAUUAUUAUCUUAUUGAUUGGAAAUAUUUUUAUUUUCAGAUGAUCAAGGAAUUGAUAAAGACAAACGCGUUGUUCAACAGAAUAUUCAUCGUGGAGCAGAGUAAGUUUUUUUUAUUUUGAAAAAUAGAAUUGAAAAUACCAAGAAUAUUUUUGUGAACAAGAAAAUUCUAGAAUUCUGUACAAAACCACAUUUCUAUUAUAGAUUGGAUGAUCAUACUAAUAUGGAUUCUUUCCCCAACGAUCAAGAAGAAAAUUUCGAAUUGCACGAACAAUUAAUCGGUAUGGCUAAAGAAUUGUGUGUUUUGGAAGAUAUGUUAUAUGCCAGAUAUCAUAUGUAAGUACAAACUUCUAGGUUAUUUUUCAAAAAAUUGAAAAAAUUUCAGAAAAUCGGCUGAACAUAUGGAAACUGGAUUACGAGUAAAUGCUUGUAGUGAUCAUGCACAAAAAACAAAAAGAGUUAAUGAUUGCUCGAUUUCGAUUGCUAUUUCGAAUUUGUGAGUUGAAAAUUUUAUGAAGUUAUCUCUAAUCGAAAUCUAAAAUUUAAUAAUUUUCCUAUUUUUUCCAGACUUCGAAAUGGAAUGUAUCAUCAUACAAUGAGAUCUUGUCAAUCAAUGCUGAACACUAAUUUUGAUUCAGCAAAUCCAAAUGUUUUUUCACAUGAAACUGAAGCUUAUGUUAGUUUAAAAUCUCAUUUUUAUAUUAUCUUGAAAAAAUUAAAACCAAAAUUCCAGGCGAUAACUGCGGUGAAUAUGGUUUAUGCUUGUAUGGCGACUGGAAGAAUGAGAAAAACAUUUGCACUUCUUGAAAAAAUUGAGAAAAUUUAUAAACCCGAGUAUAAUUGGCAGGUUGGUAAUUAAUUUCAUGCGAAAUAAAAAAAAAUUGGAUUUUGCAGUGUGCUAGACAUGUUCGAAUUUGUCGAUUGAUUGUGGAUUUCGAACGAUCAUUUUUGCACGGAAAAUAUGAAGAAUGCGAAAAUUCAAUCCGUGUUUUGACAUCAGUUGCACCAACAGAAGCGAUUUUGAGAAAAGCGCUGAUUACAGCGAUAAAAGGAAGAUUAACUGAAGGAUUAGUUCUAUUGAUGGAAUAUGAAACUUAUGAUGUUUUAUCGAAAAUCAGGUAUUUUGCACAUCACAAACGAUUCAAUUUCAAAUAACUCAUUUUUUUUGCAGAGUGAACAUGCAAAUGGCAACAAUAAAUAUUCAAUUGGGCAAAUUUGAUACAGCAGAGCAAUUAUUGGAGGAAUGCGUGAAAAUUGCACAAUGUACAACGUUGAGAAAUAUUCGAGCAAUGAUUUCGAGAAGAGCUGCUUAUAUUCUGGUGGGUUCAAUUUUUUAAAAAGAAAAAUACUGUUUCAGAAAUUAUUUCGAUGAGAAUUAAUUAUAUUUUUUCAGCUUUUACGACGAGAUUAUCGAAGAUGCGUGAAAUUAUUGAUGGAAUGUAAUGAACAAGUUGCUAUGCAUGCAAGUAUCACCGAGAGAAUUCUUCAUAAUUUCACAAUUGCAAAGCUUUUACGAUUGGCUAGAAAAGGUAAGAUUUUUGAAAAAAGCAUUUUAUCGUGUAAAUUAUGUCUCAAAAUCAAUAUGAUAUUAGGAAGUUCCAAAAUUUGGUUAAAAAUUGGCCUGCAAAUUUAAACUUUUUUUUUAGAAUUUCAGCUACCAGUUGAAUUUUUCAAAAAUGACAAGUUCAACGAAAAAUUCAACAGCUUCAAAAUAAGCCUAAACACGAUUUUUUUUUAAAUUUCGAAUUCUGUCUUGGAGGUGUAAUUCACAAUUUUGAAAUUUCAGAUGCAGAAAUUUUUCUAUUUUUUUCACUUGAAAAUUCUUUCAAAAUGCUGUUUUUUUUCCAGAUCCUACACCUUUCCUUGCAAAAGCACGUGAAGAUGCAAUUGCUUGUGAAUGGAAAACUAUGCAGAAAUUGAUUCUUGCCGAAAGCGCAACCUAUUUUGAUUCUGUCGAUAAUUUGGAAAGCCGCGAUAAAGUUUUUGACUUAUUCAGUGAUCUCGAAAACGAAACAUCUCAAACAAUUCCAUGGAUGCUCAUUUAA